UCAUCUCAUGUCCUUAUUUGUUCUCAGCUCAUGAUGCUUUGAUUUCCUGUCUCUUCCCUCCUUUUCCCGGGUUUCACAUUCGGUUUCCCUGUCUGAGCCCUCCAAUGAACUGAUCCAUCUCCUCUCAAUUUCAAUAAUCAUGAAUCUGGUCACUUUUGCUUUACCACCAUCACUUCAAUCUCUUUCAAAAACUUCAAUCCAUUUCUUUGCCUGAUCCAGUGACCCUAAAGCUCUACCAAUUUACACUCUUCUCAAACCCUCCCAAGUUUCUGGGUUUUUACGACUAAUUCUAUAGAAAAACCAAAACCCGUUUUAGCAAAAUGAAGACUUGGUUGAUUCUUGCAGAUCAUAGAUAGAGAUUCUUUAUUUAUUUCAGUAGCUGAGACACUAUGACUUCGGGGACGAGGCUACCAACAUGGAAGGAAAGAGAGAACAACAAAAGGAGAGAAAGGAGAAGGAGAGCAAUAGCAGCAAAGAUCUUCGCAGGAUUAAGGAUGUAUGGUAACUUCAAGCUUCCUAAGCACUGUGACAACAACGAGGUCCUCAAAGCCCUCUGCAAUGAGGCUGGUUGGACCGUCGAGCCCGAUGGCACCACCUAUCGUAAGAAUAUGGACCAGCUCUGUCACAGAUCUCGAUUAAAAGACCAAGAAAUCCUCAACAAAUAUCAAUAUAUGCCACUGGUUGGUAACAUGGGGAUAACGAUGGACGAGGAGUUUCUGCUCACAGCUCACUUCCCUGUUUGGGAGGGGUGCAAGCCUGUGGAGCGCAUGGAUAUUGUGGGUGGUUCUGCAACAGCAAGCCCAUGCUCCUCUUACCGCCCAAGCCCUUGUGCUUCCUACAACCCAAGUCCUGCAUCCUCUUCCUUUCCAAGUCCAGCUUCAUCCUCCUAUGCUGCUAAUACUAAUGCUGACAGCAAUUCCCUCAUCCCAUGGCUCAAAAACCUUUCAUCUGCAUCCUCAUCAGCAUCAUCCUCUAAGUUUCCCAAUCUUUACAUCCAUGGUGGAUCUAUCAGUGCUCCUGUUACCCCUCCUUUAAGUUCUCCAACAGCCCGAACACCUCGAAUGAAAGCCAACUGGGAUGACCAAUCUGCUCGCCCAAGCUGGGGUGGGCAGCAUUAUUCCUUCCUACCAUCUUCUACUCCACCAAGCCCUGGCCGGCAGAUUCUUCCUGAUCCUGAAUGGUUUGCCAGAAUUGGCAUCCCACAGGCUGGCCCAAAUUCUCCCACAUUCAGCCUUGUUUCUUCCAACCCAUUUGGCUUCAAGGAAGAGGCUUUAGCUGGUGGUGGAUCCCAUGGUGGAUCCCGUGGUGGAUCCUGCAUGUGGACUCCUGGGCAAAGUGGGACCUGUUCUCCUGCCAUUGCAGCUGGCUUUGAUAAUACUGCUGAUGUUCCGAUGUCUGAGGUAAUUUCUGAUGAGUUUGCAUUUGGUAGCAAUGCAACAGGACUGCUGAAGCCAAGCGAAGGAGAGGAUUCAUGAAGAGUGUGGAUCAGAUGAUCUGGAGCUUACUCUUGGGAGCUCAAGAACCAGGUGAUCUGGCAUGAAUAGAUCAAACUGAGUUCUAAGUUUCUCAAAUCAUGUUGGGAACCGAAAGAUGGGUUGCUCAAAUGAAAAGUUCCAAUUGUCUCCUUAGACAUAUAUUAGUUCCAUGUUGUGCUUUCAGAAGAAAGAGUUUAUAAAGGAGAUGAAGGUGAGCACCAGCACUUGCUCCCUUCUUAUAGUCCUUUUCCUUUCUGUUAUAACAUAUAGAUGGUCUUCAAAUGAAGGGUAGCUUCACAACCCUUUCAUUAGCCUCUGUGUAUUUUCUGGGGAGAAAUGGUCGAUUUGUAUUGGUUGCCGUUGAAAGUAGUGCUUAAUGACUUGGGUCAAUUGUAUGUAAAUCAAUGGCCAAACCUACCUUCUGUGAAAAUUAGAAGAGAGUGGUUUUUUUACCAUUGCUUUUGUUAUGUUAUUUGAUGCUAAAUUGUUUUGUUCUUGUUA